AUGCUGUCUGAUGAAUCAAGUAGUGACUCUGAAACAGGUAGAUUUAAAUGUAGAACAAAGACUCAGGAUGAGACAGCACAAAAUUCCAAAUCAAAGGACAAUUCUUUUCACUCAUCCAAAAGUAAUUUGAGAAAUUCAGGAAGAAAUAGGAGAUAUGAAAGUGAAAGAUAUCAAAGGGAUUUAGACAGAAAAAGAGACAAUCGGGGUGGAUUUGACCUUCAUGUAAGAGAUAGACACAGAUAUUCUAGACACUCACCUGUAAGAAGGAGACGUUCCAGUGAGAGAGGUCGACAUAGAGAAUUUGAAAGACGAAGGUAUGAACGGGAUUCUAGAGAAAGAUCUAAAUUAAGUGAUCACAGACAUGGUAGCAGGGAUAGAAUGUCUAGAUCCGAGUCUAAAACACACAGGUCUCCAAAUCAUAACAAAAACAUAAAAGAAAUUAUAAAAAGCAAUAUAACAGAUAAAAAGCUUGAUAAAGAUGAAAUUAAACAAAGAGAGAAAAGAUCGUCAUCUGCAGAUAAUAAGACAAAAAAGUCUGAGGUGUUUAAACCAGCUACCAUAGAUUUGCCACAUCGAAAAAGUAAAAGUCCUAUUGCUGAAGUUCAUGUGGAGAGUGAUGUUUCUGAAGAAGUCAAACCUGGUUCAUACUAUAGUAUGAUCCCAGCCAUUGUAAAAGACAAGUCAGAAGAAUCAAGUGAAAUUGAUUCUUCAGAUGAUGAAAGACUCAGAGCAAAACUUUUAAACUUAGAAAAAGAAAUCACUAAGACCAAAAAGAGAAAGCAUAGAAAGAAACACAGAAAAAAAAGGAGUAAAUCUAGUAAAGAGAAAACCGAAGAGUCAACAGCGUCAGUGGAAGUGAGCAGUACAACUGAUAUUCAAGAUAAAAUAAGUGAUAAAAAUGUCAAUGUGUCUGAAACUGCAGAGGUAACAUCAACACAGAAAAAUAUUCAAAAAGAGAGCAGUGAAGAAGGUGAAAUUUUAAGUGAUGAUGAAGCAGAAAGUUCUAUUAACAUUGAUCCCAGUGAUUUAAGACAUAAAUUAAAAAAAGCAAAUGCACAAGCGAAAAAAUCGGAUGUUUGUGGGCCAGCUCUACCUCCACAUUUAGCGAAAAGACAUGAAAAAAGUGCCUCUCCCGAUACAGAAGGUCCAGCAUUACCUCCUCAGCUACAAAAAAAGCAUCGGCAUAUAGGUCCAUCAAUUCCACAGGAUAUGCGUAAGGUGCUAGAAGAAAGGAGUCAAGAAGUAAUAAAAUUUGAAAGUUCUGAUGAAGAUAUUUGUAUUGUUGGUCCAUUACCAGUAGGUUCAGAAGAAAAAUGGACCCAUGCUCACAAACAGCUUGAAGAAAGAGCAUUAGACAUGAAAAUAAAGAAGAUAGAUGGGCAUUCAAUAAAUCAAACAGAUAUAAAAUCAAGAGAAAAGUGGAUGUUGGAAUUACCAGAAGGGAAAGCAAAAUAUUUGGGAUUGGAAGCUCGGUCUUUUAGAGCUAAAGAAGGUCCAGACAUGACUGAUAGGUCAAGUUGGACUGAUACUCCAGAAGAAAAAGCUCGUAAAGCAGCUGGUCUCGUUAAGGAAGAAGAUGCCGAUGCUGUUUUACAUAGAGAAGCCAGGAAUAAACAGAUUGCAAACAGAGAUGAAGAGCAAGAGAGAGCCAUUCGAAGACACAAGAAAAAGCACAAACGAGAUGAAAGUCUACUAGAGAUGCACCAAAAGAAAUUGAAAAAGAAGAAAAAGAAAGAGGACAAAGAAGAUGAUAAGCCAGAACGUCGACCGUUCAGUCGUGACGUGGACUUGCAAGUUAACCGCUUUGAUGAAGCACAAAAGAAGUCGAUCAUCAAGAAGGCACAAAAUUUAGAUUCGAGGUUUUCGCGCGGUGAAGCAAAGUAUUUGUGA